AUUUGUUUGGCUUUUUUGAGUGUCAGAUUUCCUACUUUUCUACAACUGACUCUCUUCCUCUCUUCUUCUCUCCCUCACUCUCUUCUUACUUCCUCCACCCCCACAAUCUCUAAAGCCAUCCUGUGGACUAGUAGUAGUUGGAAUCAUUUGUUCAAUUCCUGAAGAUAUACAAGUUUUGAGCUCCCAAGAUUCUAGAGAAGGCCAAGGCCACACAGUGUGCUAGCUGGAGAUCACAGUAUAGUAGCACACCCACAAACAUAGAGAAAACUAUAUACUGCAUAUACCAUUUUCACCACUACACUAGACUAGAGGAUAUCUUUCUCAGCUUAGUUCUUUUUGGGGUGGUAUUAUUGCACAUACAUAUACUCCACUUUUUAUUCAUCUGUCAUUACUCCCUUUACUGUUUCUUUGUAAAGGCUCAUAUUAGGCCAAAUAAAGGCAAGGCCUUUCUUUAACUCCCCAUCCCAAACACUUCCUAAUUACCCAUUGACAAAAAAGGGAUCUUUUUUAACUCUUAACUUCUUUAUCCAUUGACAUUGAUCUUAGUUUGUGAGUGUGGCUUGCAUGGAAGUGGUGGUGAGCAAUCUGCAGGUUGGUGGAAACAACAACGACAACAACAAUAGCGGGACGAGGGAGUACAGGAAAGGGAACUGGACAGUGCAAGAGACGAUGGUUUUGAUAGAGGCAAAGAGGAUGGAUGAUGAGCGGAGAAUGAGGAGGCACGCCGGCGAGAGCAGCGGUGGGGAGAGGGGAAAACCGCCGGAGCUCAGGUGGAAAUGGGUGGAGGAUUAUUGCUGGAGCAAUGGGUGUCUGAGGAGCCAAAACCAGUGCAAUGACAAGUGGGAUAAUCUGAUGAGGGAUUUCAAGAAGGUGAGGGAGUACGAGAGGAGAGCAGUGGCUGAUCCUCACCAGAGACCAUCACAUGGCGGCGGAGGUGACGGUGGUAAUAAUGUCAAGUCAUAUUGGAAGCUGGACAGGGUCGAGAGGAAAGACAGCAACUUGCCCACCAACAUGUUGCGUGAAAUUUAUGAGGCAUUGAUCGACGUUGUGGAGAGGAGGGCCGGCGGCGCUCAAAGAACGGUGGUGGGUAGUCGUGGCGGCGGCGGCUCUGCCUCUGCUUCCACUUCUGGCUUCAUCCCUCAGCUCCUCCCUGCAAUCCAUCCGGCACCCGAACCUCCGCAAGUCGUCGCAGCACUGCCACUCCCCCCACCGCCGCCGCCGGGUCCCCCAGCACAGCCGCCGGCGUUUCAUUUUCAGCACCACCGGCCGCCUUCCACUACGCAAUCCUUCCCCAUAGUAGAUGGGUGAAAGCUCAGAUCCUGAGACAAGUGAGCAAUCAGACUCACAAGCAAAGAGAAGAAGAGUGGGAGAAGAGGAGGGGACACAGGAGAGGGGAAACAGAAACACCACUAAUUCCCUUGAAGUUGGGCCUGCAAUUUCCAGGAGUGCCACUCUGAUAGCAGAAGCCAUUCAGUCAAGUGAGGAGAGAGAGGAGAGAAGGCACAGAGAGAUGCUGAACCUGCAUGAGAGGAGACUUCAGAUCGAGGAAUCAAAGGCUGAGAUCAACAGGCAGGGAAUCAAUGGUCUUGUAGAUGCCAUCAACAGACUUGCUAAUUCCAUCCUUGCUUUGGCUGCCAACAAGAAUCAACCUCCCCCCUCCUGACAACUCACAUUUCACUUGAUUCCACCUAUCAUUAAACUUUAAUUACCACUGAGUUGAAAGUGGUGAGUUACUGCUGUCAAUGCUUUAUCUUAGGCCAAGUCAGAAAGUUAAAAAAGAACAGAAAGAUAAAAAAGGUAGAAUCAAUCUGUUCCAAAAUAGUGGUCUUGAUCCUCUUUCAGUACUAAUGAUUUGAGCCAGUACUGGAAAUAAAGACAGUAUAUUUUGGUAUAGAUCCAUUAUAUUUCUUGUACUGUAAAUAACUUGAUCAUGCAUUGAUUAGUAGCAUUAUUUUAGUUCAGGACUUUUAGCAUGUACUCCGUAUUCAUUUCACAUUUUUUUUUUAUUUCUCCUUAUUUUGUUGUCUUUGAUUCUUGGGAAUGUGGACUUGAAUUAUCUUAAAGUACUACUCUAUAAA